UCUUAUGCCUACGAAUACCCAUUCCAAAGCUGCAGGUCAACACGGUCCCCAGGAAUCUAUCAUUGGUCAGGGCUGCUCCUAUGCUAAUAAGGAGGCAGCCCUAGAAGAUUCCAGCGCUGCCUGCAAGGCCCAUUCUGCAUCUCAGAGGAGGUCUGAGUGGCCCCAACUUUUAACCAUCAUUGUCCCACGGACAUGAAUGACAUAAUGGAACGAGUCAUGGCAGGGGUCCUGCUGUUUCUGGUGGUGGGCUUGGCGGUGGCCGUGAGCAUCUUCGCAGUCUGGGCCAACAGCGAGGCCUGCAAGGAUGGUCUGAAGGCCCAGCAAAAAUGUCAGAACACCACCCGCCUCCUGGAAGGCCAGCUGACCCAAGCCCACCAGGGCUUCCGGAGGGCUCAGGCCCAGGCAAUCACCUGCAAUCGGACUGUGGUGAACCUGACAGCUUCCCUGGAGGUGGAGAAGGCUCAGAGCCAGAAGAAGCAGAUGCAUAUUAAGGAGCUUGAGGGAGAGAUCAAGAAACUGAACCAGAUGCUGCAGGAGAAGUUGGCAGAAGUGGAGCAGCUAAGAAAAGAGAACGAGGGCCAUAGAAAUUCCAACAGCUACACCAGCGCUUCGAACACCCUGAGCCCCUCAGUGGCCUCUGAGCUCCUCCUGCUCCUGGGCCUCAAGGCUGCGCUGCUCUGAAUCCCGAAACACUGCGGUUACAGCCUGGACCGGUCCAUUUCCCUUCUACUCCCCCUUUCGACACCUUCUUGAUGUGGCCAGCUUUGGGGAGCCAUGAGGCAGCCUUAUGAGAGGCACAGGGUAGCAUUAUGAGGGGCACGGGGUAGUAUUAUGGGGGCAUGGGAUAGUGGUAUGGGGGCAUGGGGUAGUAUUAUGGGGGGCACGGGGUAGUAUUAGAGGGGCACAGGGCAGCCCUGGGGGUGAGAAGUGGCUUAGCUGACCCCAGGUGGCCUCCCCCCAGAGCAGGGCAGAGAAUGAGCCCCCUGCAGGCUUGAGCAUGGAGUGAGGGCCACCUGCUUCUUUGUCACAGUAUCUGGGAGGGUCAUUGUCUUCUGUGCCUUUGGGCUACAAAAAGUAAUUAAAAUCCCCUUUUGAGGGAAAGAAG